ACGUCGGUCAGCCCAAUGUGUUGCACCGAACCGUCGACGAACGCUUUUUUAAUUUUUUUUUUCUAUCUUCCAUUUCCCAAUGUUUCCGCCGUUCGAAUUUGAAGCGCUGACCGAACUUUCGCCGGCCGACGGAUUCGAGACGAGCGCUCGGCCGUGGGGAUGGAAAAUCGCAACCCCUACUCGUACGUACCGACUCCGGGUACGGUAUUUAUGUGUCACCGCGGUACGGUAUUUACCGUGCGAUGGAGGCGGAGCCAGGGGAAAUUACUGCUUGUGGUGUACGGGGACGACUUGCCGGCGCGAACGGUAGUCCACCGUUUCGCGUUCAGGGCGACCAUCCUCUGGAGACGAGCGCGCGCGUAUACCUCUGGAUAUUCCUCGCGAUCGAAUCUAUCGGAACAUUAUCGUCCGGCGGUUGUCCGUUUUGUUUCCAUUUUUUUUUCAUCUUACUCGUGCUGUCUCGGCGUUUUCUCCCCCCUCCGAGAAAUCAUCAAGGACCAACACUGUGACCAAAAAAUUAAUGGAUUUCUGGUCUGUCCUUUUUCAAGAAGUAAUUUAAAUACCGACCGGGCAUAUCAUAAAGAGUGACUCUUUUUAAACUCAGUUUAAUAUAAUACCCAUAUAUGAAAUUACCAGAUAUCAAAUGAAAAACUACUUUUCUAAUUCAAUAACAAAUUUGCAAACGCUACAGAAUAACAUCGAACUGAACAUGAAGUAGUUGUCCAAGUCAGGUAUACAGAUCAAUUAUCAUGGCCGACCCGGAGAGGACAAGAUUGGUGGUACUAGGUGACGCUGGCGUCGGGAAGAGUGCCAUAUGUAAAAGGUUUUUGUACAAUUCAUUUUGCUCCAAAUAUAAGACUACGGUAGAAGACCUUUACAGUAAAGAAUUCAAUGUUGGAACAGCUCAACAACUCAAAGUGGAUAUUUUGGAUACGUGCGGCAACCCUCAGUUUCCGGCCAUGCGGCGGUUGAGCAUAGCCAACGCAAACGCAUUCAUGUUUGUCUAUUCGAUCGAUUGCGAACGGUCAUUCGAGACAGUCAAGCGGAACUUCGAGGAAGUUCGGGAACAACGCGAAGACUACCAGAUGCUGCCUAUCGUGAUAGCCGGCAAUAAACUCGACUUGCCAUCUGAACAUAGGCGAGUCACUGUAGAAGACGCGUCCGAGUGGCUAUACUGCGAGUUGCCGAAAAUGAGGGUUAAGCUGAUCGAAUGUUCGGCCAAGGAAAACGUGAACGUACGCGAUCUGUUCAAGUGCUUGCUAGUAUUGUCCCGGAAACUGAACGGGUCCGAGGACCAGGCGGCGGGUCAGCUGAAGCGCCGGUCCAGUGCGUACGUCAGCCACACUAAGUCGUCGAGGCGCGCGGAAAACGCGUCAGCGGUCGCCACUACUUCCGCAUCGCCGAGCUCCGCGGCUUCCGGUCACGGUCGUGAUGAGCUCCAGCACCAGCAGCAGCAACAGCAGGAACGGUCUAAGCCCAGGAGCCGCAGCCUGAUCAGACGGUGCAGCCGCAAGACCAAACAGCAGAUCAGAGACACGACCGCGGGCGGUAACGGAGGCGGGGUGGACGAUUGUAACGUCAGCUAAACGUGCGCGCGCUGUGUAAAGUUGGAAGUUAAAAAAGGAAAAAUAUUAAAAAAAAAAUGCACGCGGCUGCGCGUAAAAAAAAAAAAAAACGUUAUAAAAAGAAGAGAAAAAACAAAUGUGCUAAUAAUAUUAGUAUGUGUUUUAGGUUCUUGUUUUUCCAUCCCCACAACUUCUUUUACUCGGGCUCCCGUGAACCGUCGAUUUGUAUAAAUAUCCGUCACCCUAUCCCCGUUCACAAUCGGCUUCUUCUUUUUUUUCUUACUUCUCUAAUUACUCUCCACCAAUACGAACUCCACGCGUUAUAACGGCUAUAACCGUAGGUCAAAGUUCCUGACGUGUUAUAUUUAUUCCGUCUCCGUCGGCCACUUGCUCGAUUCGUAGCUGUAUUGAACACGACCCCGACGAACGCGCAGCUCACACGAAAAUACAUACAGGUUUUCGUGAUCAUUUCGUCCCACUCCCUUGCAAUAUCGAGUUUAUUGCACACGUCUUGAAAUAACUUACGCUAGUUCUUCGAACGAUAUGUGCAAUGUGCGACGACUAACUGCUACUGACGGUGUAAUAAUUUCACAAUAUCAUACUACGAUAUUGUAACGUAUUGCAGCUUGCGACUUUCCUCUAAAAAUGGCAAUCGAUAUUUAAUUAAUUUAAUUACCUAUUGCAUUCUUCCCUGCUGCGAUUCGUUAUCCCGAUUUAAAAACUCGACGCACCAACACCGUGCAUUGAUUUACUACUGUCGUAUCAAGUGGUCGAAACGAAUUAUGAAUCGUUGGCAGAAAAUUGAUACAGUACGAGUAUGUGUUAAUAUUUACAUAACAUUCUGACAUUUCGUCAAACACAUGGGUAGUAAAAAUUAUCCGGUUUUUAGAUAUUAUUCGGUUCGAAACUCCCAUAGUAGCGCUAUGAUGCAUACUGCAAAGCUCGGUAAACGGACGAUUAAAAUAUUACGUUAUGGCAGUAUUGUCGGAAGAGAUUUUGUUGGAGGAUGACAUAUAUUUCUACGUUAAAUAGUAGAACGAUGGUAUCCCAUCGUACCGCCUCACCCUACUGUACCCCCGUACACACCCAACCAUUUCGACCGCUGCCAGACGUGGAAAAAAACCAUCAGGAUUAGGUCCUUCGUGUAUAUUUGUAAAUUAGUAUAUGCAAUAAAACAAAGGCGAUUAAACUUUGUCAUUUAAUUUUAAAAAUUAACAAUAAUUAAUAAAGCUCUAAUUUGAAUUAAUAA